AUGGACCCUUCUUUAUAUUAUGAAACCAACGACAUGUACCUCAUGUCUGUCCUCUCCUUUUCUUGUCUUAUACUCUUUGUUGUCAUUAAGUAUGACGCACCGUGGUCAAAGGAGAAGUGUCUCUUAUACCUGGUGGGGGUAUGGGUUGCAUUCCACCUGACAGCCUUGGUCCUGUUCUCUCUCCAGCACUCCCAUAAGGUCGAGCUUCCACAGCAACUAGCGACAUCUGUAAAUACCAUCUUGGCCACAACAUCUCUGUGGGGGGUGGCAGUCAUCCAGAUUAUCACGAUCAUCUAUACAUUCGCAGUCCUAGGGAACGAGAUAUGGUGGAAAGCGACUGCAGCACUUGUGUGUGUUGAAGUUGCUUUGAUUUUGAUAAUAAUAUUGAUUCCAAAAGUCCCAACCCCCGUCGAGCUGUCAUAUAUCUUACCCUUCACUUCACAAGCUGCGGCUAUGGGUACAAUAUGGGCAUCUUCUCGAGGCAUAUUCCGAAACAGGAUACAGAAGCAUACAGCUGAUCAUCUGUUGGGUUUGGGCUUGAUCACUUUCCUUGUCUCUGCACUUUUACUUCCACUGUCAAUUCUCGGGUACUUUCGAAGCCAGAUGACUCUCCAAUGGGUAUUCUUCAUGGUAAUCACAACGGUAGCCUACCGACUUCCUGAGAGCUCUAGCAACGAGCCUGCUACAACAAGUGCCUCACAGAUUGAGCUCACACCAAUGGGCGGCUCAUGCAGUAUGAAUGAACCUCCGCCCGAGAGUUCGCUGGACCUCAACGAACGAACAUCAAUCCGUUCCCAUGUAGCCCUCCCCCCUGAUUCUAUACGAUCAGUUGAACAUUCUAGCAACAAACAAGACAUUGACUCGUCAGUGUAG